CCCGGGAGAACCGAUUUCUUGGGUGUCUUCUGUGCAGCGGCUCCCUGAUGAAGGUUGCAGCGCCUCUCCUGCUUCCUUUUGCUCCGUUGCCGUGGUAACUCCCAGAGAGCGUCGGCUGCUUUGUAGCAGAUGGAGAGGAAGAUGGAGGAGAACACUGUUAGCGAUGUCGACGUUGGCCGUGAAGCUGGGGGAGAGGAUGCCUUGGUGGGCAACGUAAACAAGCUGAUGGUGAGCCCACCAGGAUACUCAGGAACUCCACGAAAAGGACAUCUGGUUUUUGAUGCAUGCUUUGAAAGUGGGAACCUGGGUCGUGUUGACUACAUCAGUGAGUUUGAAUUUGAUCUCUUCAUCCGGCCUGACACCUGCAACCCCCGAUUCAGAGUGUGGUUUAACUUCACUGUGGAGAAUGUCCGAGAGACACAGAGGGUGAUUUUCAAUGUGGUCAACUUCUCCAAGACAAAGAGCCUGUACAGAGACGGCAUGUCCCCUGUAGUGAAGUCUACCAGCAGGCCAAAAUGGCAAAGGCUUCCUGCCAAAAAUGUGUACUACUACCGCUGCCCUGACCACCGACGCAACUAUGUCAUGUCUUUUGCUUUUUGCUUUGACCGAGAGGACGACGUGUAUCAGUUUGCCUACUGCUACCCCUACACCUACUCGAGACUGCAGCAUUACCUGGCCAGCUUGGAGCGCAGGAACCUGCCUUACCUGCAGAGGGAACAACUGGGACUCAGUGUG